GCGCAGCUCGUGCUGCGUCGGAGGAACGCGCCAUGGACAGCACAUUCGACUUGGAGAGCUUCCUGGAUGAGCAUGAGACGCAGAAACUGGUUGAAUUCACCUUGAGCAGCCCCGACAUCUCCGCGAAGAGCAAUCGAGUGGAUGCAGACAAGGACAAAACCGUGAAGAAGGCGAGUGUGUACUACCGCGAACGGCGCAAGAACGAAGUUGAUUAUUUGAUAUCACGGAAACGAGCACUCGAAGUGGAACUCAUGCAGUUGCACGAACGCAAAGUGAGCCAAGAAGCGGAGGCAAAACGCCGGAAGCGCGAAGCCAAGGCCCAAGAAACCCUCCUCCGCGAUGCCGAGGACCAGAACUCGGUGCUGCGCGACAAACUCCUGUCCCAGAUGGAAACUCUAAAGUUGCUCGAGUCUUUCUUCAUGAGCCAGUCCGCUCUUUGCGUAUUUGCCCGGAAGCAACCGACAAACCCUCUCUUCUUCCUCCCGAACGACCCGAUUGCCCGCGAACGGCGCUUCCGGGACUCGAUUGCCACGGCCUUGAGCGAGGUCGACAGCAUCAUGGUGGCCAAGCACCUGUCGCCCCCGAUCAUGCCACUCCCGCACACCGAAACAUUCGUGCGGUUCCAGCCCCAAGUCACACACCAUUCCAAGAUCGAGAUUGAAGUGAUCCGUGUCUUUGAGUUUCCUUCGUUCAGCGUUGGCGCAGUCGCGACGGCUAUAUGGCAGCUCAUCCACUACCAGCUGAGCCUGCUCAUGCACCACGACCCAACAGCGCGAUGUGAGGUGCUUGAAGAAAUCGAUCCCAACACAUUGUAUACGCGGUACCAGUGCCAGUUUGCGCAGGGCCAGCCCCUCGUCGAAUCGUACUCCGUGUGCCACCGCGCCAUCUCGCAAGACUCGGUCACGAUCGUCUAUCGGUGCUUCUUGGACGACGAGCGGUACCCUGCAGGCGACAACUUUACGCGCCACGACGAAAACGGAUACCUCGUCGUGUAUGCAAACCCGACGACGCAGGUUACGUCGGCCAAGAUGGUUUCGUUCCUCCGCCCGCUCGCCAACGCCGCCAACGCUCCCGUUGGCCUCGUCACGGAGGAAUUCAUGAGCUACCUCCACGACUCGUCCGAAGUCGGGUUGCGAAUAUUGCACGACAAUCUGCUCAACCCCACUGACGAUGGCAACUCCACAUGACAUGCUUGCUUCUGCCGUGUCUGUCCCUACGCGGCCAAGUGUAAGUUAAAUCAUGUGCGGUCGAAUUCACCCAGUCCUCCAUCUCCCCCAUGCGGCCCAUUGAAAAGUCGAUGACGAAGGAAUC